AUGUUCUACAGCUGUAAUCAUACUGAUGGAUGGAUAUCGUUAUCUCUCCAUAAUGAACUUAAGUCCUACAUUGUAGCUGGUAAUAAUAAUAAUCAUUCCAUUAAAAAGACCUUUAUUAUCAAAAAAGAUGGAAACAUAGUAACUUUGCCAUUGAACUAUAAUUAUAUUAAGUUUACAACACAUAAUCAUGAAGUUGUAUAUCCUUAUUCAUCAUGGAAAUGUUCCAACACAUCACAUACGAACUUUGAAGACGGUGGUGAAUAUUGUAUUUUAACAAAUAUUUAUUAUCAAUCAUCUACUGAUCAAUAUUAUUUUUUCCGAAACUCAUCUAAAAAUGAGACAAAUAUACAAAGAGAUACAUUUAUGGCUUCAUUCGGUGUAUUUAAAUUAUAUUUAACUGAUAAUAUUACAAUCAUAAAAAGCUUGAAUCUUUCAGCUAUUUUGACACGACCAAUUUUAAUUACUCAUGCACCUGAUGAGAACUAUGCUCAUGGUUUUCUUGAAUCAUGUGGUCCUCGAUUUUGGGUACUAUCCGAAUAUCAAUCACAUCCAACUUAUAUUGAUUCAAUAAAAAUUCAGAUCUAUUAUACAUCAAAAGUCCUGGAGAAUUUCUCAUCACAUUGGAUGUAUUAUCAACAACAAUCUGAUGGAACGUAUCUACCAAAACGAAAAUGGGAACAAAUGAUUCAAUCAAUGUUUUCUAUAUAUCCAUUAUUAACAUAUAGAUCAUUUAAUAAAAAAGCUGUUAUGUUUCAAUAUGCGUUAGUUCCAAGCUUUAAUGGUCGAACGGCAGCUUGGGGUUAUAACUAUCCAGAUAGAGUAAUAAAAUCAUAUCCAUUGCCAACUGUUAAUUAUCGUCGAGCUUAUUUAGCUUAUUCUGAAUGGAUAUUGAAUAAUUUUAAUCUCAAAUCAAAAUUUCAAUUAACAUCAAUUCAAGAAGAAUUGCAGCAGAAGAAAAUAUCAGAAUAUGUUCCUAUUUGUGAUCCAAUAUGUACUAGUCAACAGGAAACAAAUCCUUCAUCAUAUGGAUUUACUGGCGAGUGGAUUGUUAUUUUAAAUCGUGCUGCUCAGCCAAAAUUUGUAACGGCAAAAUGGUAUUAA